GUGCCCAGUGCCCAGGCUGCGCGGCCGGUCGACCUCGCCAUCGUGAGUCCCAUCUUCUGGGCGAUCGUUGCCAGUGGAGUGGGGCGCCAGAUCGCCGCGGCACUCCGCGACGCGGUGCACAUCUUCCUGGCGGUCGUGUGCGAGCCAGCGAAGAUCCCGCCCGAGGGCGUGCUCGACGCCAAGAUCAUAGGGAGGGUCAAGCAGUUCGACGGGGCCAGAAGCAGCUGGUCAACUUGGGAGUUUCACUGGAGAGCUUACAUGGUGGCCAAUGGCAAGCGCUACAGGGAGUUCUUCGACAAGCUAGAUGAGAAGAACCUAGAGCAUCUCGGCGAUGCCAAGAAUUCCACCAUGAGUGUCGACGACGUGGGCUGGGAAGACCUCUCGACACAGCUCUACUACAUGCUAGUGCUGGCGGUGCCAGAAGACUCUGCAGGAGAGACCAUCAUGCGCAACGUGUUGCACGGUGAAGGUGGUCAAGCAUGGGUGCGCCUGAAGGCCGAGUAUGCGCCCAACGAGCCUGGCAAUGUGGUCGCGCGCAUGAGGCAGCUGAUGUCCACGCAGUUUCCGACGAACGCGGACGUGGCCGACGGGAUAGAGAAGCUGGACCUCGAGAUCAGCAAGUACGAGAGGGCGGCCGACAAGCAGGUGAGCGACAACAUCAAGAAGGGGAUCCUGCUCGGCACGCUGCAGAGAGAGAGAGAGAGAGAGAGAGAGAGCGACUUGCGUAAGCACGUCUUCCACAACCUUCGCAACCUCGCCGCUUACCUCGAGGUGAAGAAUGAGGUCCUGAGCGCCCUGAAGGCCCAGCGUAGCUUCGGUGACGACCCGAUGGAGAUCAACGCGUUGAAAGGGAAGUCGAAGGGGAAAGGACAUGGCAAGGGCGACCAGGGCAAAGACAAGGGCAAUGACAGGUUCGAGCCGAAGGCGAAGGACAACCCGAACCACCCGAGGAAGUGGUGCAGUCACUGCGAGAAGCCGAAUCACGUCAAGGACGACUGCCGCAAGUUCACGCGCGAGGCGGAAGCCAAGGCCGAGGCAAAGAAGAAGGCCAAGGACGAGAAGAAGCAGCGGAGAGCCACGACGGCAGCACUUGCCGCAGCGGGAGCUCAGGGGCCUCACGGAGCUCAUCAUCAGCAGGGCCCGAGUACCAACCCGAGUUCGCGGACGUUGACGCCCAACACAGUGUCCGCGAUGACGCAGCUGACGGGGCCAGGCUCCUCGGGAGCAACGUCGACGGCGAGCACGCCACCCGCGACGCCGCUAGGGAUGCGGGGGAGCGGUCUCUUCGCAGAUCAGGACACGUUCCGGCCGAAGUACAUCUUUGCCCUGUCGGUGGAGAUGUCGGAGCAGAGGUCGAGGUCCGCGGAGCGCGCGCGCUCGGGGGGCAGAGAUGACGGAGACAGUGUUCGUGCCGCGGCCGCUCGUGGAGUCCAAGGGAUCAUGAUCGACUCUGGAGCUCAGGUCACCGCGUUCCCCUACAAGAUGCUGAAGGACAAUGGCUACGAGCUCGCCAGCUCGCGCAUCUCCAAGCUGCAGGCCAUCGACGGCACGCGGGUUCAGCACUACGGCAGGACGGACGUCCGACUCAAGACGGGUCAGGACGUGAUCCAGAUCUCGGCGGAGGCCGCCGACGUUGAGUUCCCCGUGAUGUCUGCCGACGCGAUCACCAAGCAGGGCAAGUCGGCCAUCCACUCCCCCUUGGGCGACUGGGGUGUAGACAGCCCGAUCUCACCUCCGACGGCAUCGUGCUCGAUCAAGCUGACGGCGGAUCGAGGCGCGUGCUACUUGGAGGACGACGAGAUGCUGGACAGCGGGGCCACAGGCAAACGUGCGGUGCGCAUGGCGGCCAUUGCCGAGCCAGACUACAUCGAGGAGGUCGGCGACGAGGAGCUAGGCGGGCAGCUGUACAUCGGUGCGACGCGCAAGACCCUGCCAGCGCAGGUGCCAGACACGCAGGACCGACAGCAGCUACCGACGGCGCUUGGACCAGACCCCAGCGAGAACGUCACCCUGAAGGCGAAGGAACUCUCCAGAAGAAGGAGGGCGAGUGCCCCGUUGUGGAGAUGGACUUUUUUCAUCGUGGCUACAGACGAGAUCGCCAGGAAGUACCCCAUGAUGAAUGGCUACGUCGUCAAGGUUGUGGACUUUCAUAAGCUAGAGCAGAAGGGGCGGGGAGAGAUGCCCGCGAUCCUGAACGUCGCGGACUGCAGGUCCAACGCGUCUGCCGCGCUGUUCGGCUCCAAGCAGAUGGGCGACUACAAGGCGCACUACGUCGCCAAGCUCAUCGACAGCUGGGGCCGCACGGCUGUGAUUCUGCUCACGGAUGGCGAGGGCGCAAUCGUUGCCGUGGCGGAGCAGGUGAAGAAGCUCAGGUCGCACUCCACGGUGGUGCGGCAAGGCCCAGCGUACUCAUCCAAGAGGAUGGGGCGCGUCGAGGCCAGGAAUGGGGCAGCUGCGGGACUACUUCGCACGCUGCGGUUUUCCCUCGAGACCAAGCUAGGUUGCAAGCUCGAGCUCGCGGACUCCAUCCUCGCCUUCCUGGCCAACGCGGUCGGCUGGUACAUCGCGAGGUUCCGGCCGAGGAGCCGCGGAGGGUCCAGCUACAAGUACCUCUUCGGACGAGAGUAUACUGGCGAGGUCGCGGAGGUCGGCGAGCAGGUAUGGCGCCGCAUCGCGUCCCGCGUUGCAGCGGGCCAGGGCAAAUUCGAGGCGCGCUUCGCCAAGGGCAUCUGGGUCGGCAAGUCGGUGCGCGCAGUCCGCCGCAUGCCCGAGGUGUUCCGCUGGAACGCGGAGCUUGUCAAGCAGAUCGACGUCGCACCCUUGGCCCCAGUACCGGAGAGAGUGAAGUCGACUAUCAGGAAGUCUAUGUAUAUCACCGAGAACAUGCUGAACACCUAUGGCCCGACGGACAACUGCCCCAAGUGCUCCGACGGAAAGGGCCAGCACAGUGACCAGUGCAGGCAGCGCUUCGAGACGAUCGCGCAGGAGAGGCUGGAGGCGAAGCUCUUGGAGGAGACCAAGGGCGGAGUGGCACCCGGAACCCCAGCUCCACAGCAAGGGCCUGUUCAAUCCAGAGCAGCCGCAGACGGAGCCACAGGGCAGCCGUUGGCGCAGGGCAGCUUUCCAGCAUCGGCCGCAGCUCCUACCUCGCCCACACCUGCGGCCGCAUCCGCUACACAAGGGAUGGACAUCUGUAAGUCUGGAGCGUCCGCGCGGGAGCCUGUCCAGGAGAUCAGCGAGCCGAACAAGCGACAGCGGAUCGGCACCCUGGCGAAGGCACCCGAGGUGGUGGUCCUCGCAGGCCUCUCGGUCUGUGAGCUGGCAGUCUACGAGGAGGGCGAUGACCAGGAGGAGGACCCGCCUUGGGACAUGAUCCCGAAGGCUGCUGAGCGGUGUGACGGCCUGUGCGAGGGCCAUGUGGGGCGCUGCGCUUGCCGAUGCGAUCGCGACGGAGAGUGUGCGUGCAGGGGGUGGCUCAUCGGAGCUGCCAAGAAGCUCAACCCUGACGCGGAGGUCGUGGCUAGCCUGUGCGCGCUGUGGUCGAGACGUCGUACAUCUGAACAGUGCGACUGGGGUCAGGAGCCCGAGCCUGCCGCGAAGAUCCACUACGAUUACUACACUGGAGAGUCCCUCGACGAAGUCAAGUGCCAGAGGGGCAAGGCAGAUGAACUCCAGGCCCUGGCCGAAUACGGCGUGUAUCGCAAGAUCCGCGUCGCCGACUGCGUGCCUGGAGGCAAGCAUGUGGGAGGAUUUCCUAUUGCUCAUGAGAAGGCUGGCGAGGUGCGUUGGCGCUUCGUGGCGACCGAGGUGGCCCAUCAGCAUCGAGAGGACAACCGCCAAGGCACCCCGCCGCUGGCGAUGAUCAGAUCGAUCCUGAGCUUAGCCGCCAGCAAGCCAGACAAGGACGGGGAGCACAGACGGUGCAUCCGCAUCUGGGAUGUCCGCGAGGCGUUCUUCAACAGCGACCUGCGCGAGAAGAUCUACGUUCACCCAGGGAGCGAGCUCUGCGAGCGAGGCUACUGCUGGGAGUUGCUCAAGGCGCUGUACGGGACCCGCCUGGCUAGCAGCCAGUUGUGGGGUGAGAACGUGAGGGCUACCUCGGGCGACGCAGGAGGCAAGGCUUUGAAGGGUGCGCCAGGCAUGUUCUACUUCGCCAACCUCUGCGGCGACGGCAACGACGCUACGAUGGGAGUGUAUGGCGACGACUUCAUCGCAGAGGGCCACAUCGCGACGCUGGACCAAUUGGACGCAGUCUUGAGCACGGUGUACGAGAUCACUUCAUCUCCUCCACUCGGUCCUGGACAUCCUGGAGUGGCCCGCCACCUCAAGCGCAGCUGUGGCUACGUCGACCAACUGCCCGAGACACUCCUUCCAGGCUUCUUCUGGCAUGCCGACCCGAAGCACGUUUCGGAGAUCAUCAAGUUCGGUUCCAAGGAGGGCGCGAAGAUGGUCGACGCGCCUGGCACCAAGGCGGUAGGAGCUCAGCUACGCAACGCACUGGACCUCAUGCCCACGGCGGGGGGACGCAAGACGGCAUCAGCAGGAGGAUUGACACUUUACUUGGCAGCAGAUCGGCCCGAUAUCAUGUUCUCAAGUAGGACCAUCAUGCAAGACGUGAGCAACCCGAGCUACCAGAUGAACGCGAGGCUCAUGAGGUUAGCACGCUACUUAGAGGGCCAUCAGGUUCUGGUCUGGUGCUACGAGCUGCAGGAGCUUCCGAAGACCCUAAGAGCUGAUGGGGAUGCCGACUGGGCUGCUCCAACAUCCGUGGCGCGGAAGAGUACAUUUGGUGGAGUGAUCAGGUUUGGCAACCGCACCUUGGAGUGUUACUCGGCCAGCCAGGCCACUCAGGCCUUGAGCAGUGGCGAGUCGGAGUUCUACGCCCUGGGGUCGGUCGCGGCUCGAGGCUUGCAGAUGAAGUUCUUCCUGGGCGAGAUCGAGAUCGAGGUGGGCCUGGUGGUGGCCUCGGACAGCACAGCCGCGCGAGGCAUGGCUCAGAGGCAUGGAGUGGGCAAAGUGCGCCACUUGGAGCUCCGAUACUUCUGGGCGCAAGAACGGAUCCGACUGCAGAUGUUCAAACUCGCGAAGGAGGACACGCGCAAGAGGGUGGCGGACAUCCUGACCAAGUAUGUGGACAAGGACAGCAUGGCGACUCACCUCCAUGAGCUGAACCUGAGGAUGACACGGACUCCGGUGAUCGUCGCCACCCUGAUGGUGAACGCUGGAAUGACGAGGGCCGAGGAUCAAUGCGUGGCGAGUCUGGAGAUCGAGAAGCAGACGCUGGAGCAGCCAGAGCCUUUUCCCGUGCUGCUGCUCAGCUUGGCAGUGGUGCUGUGCUCCAUAGCUUACCUCACCGGCUGGCGCAUGGGCAGGUUCGAUGGCAAGGUGCAGAUCACGAGGGAGGUUCACCGCCUGUACGGUGCUUACACUGUUGAUGAGCUGAGGGGGCUGCUAGGGAGGCGGGGCCUGGUGCUGAAGAGGGGCUACGCCAAGAAGGAGGAGCUCAUCGAGAACGCCAGGGGCACCAGCCCGACGGAGAUGCAGAUUCUCACCCAGCUGACGAUGGAGUUGAAAGACCACGGGAUCGACGUGAAGUGGCGUGCUCGCAUGUUUGCUCCACCGCGGAGGUCGUGGACCGCCUACGAGAGCUCCUCCGCUGAUCACGAAGGAGCGGACCGUGGAUGA